AUGCUUCUUAGAACGGUAUCAAAAUCACGAAUAUUAUCUCGGAACGCACAAUCAUGGAGUAGAUAUACUUCCUCUGUAAAUAGCCGAUGCUAUUCCAUAUUAACCAAUAAUUCAUCCCACCAUGUGAAGAAUCAUUUAAAUCCAGCGUCAUUGGUCGCCAAAAGAAACAUCGGAUUUAUAAAGAUCUUAGCUAGGGCAGGAAAAGUUCCAGCGUACGUAGGGGGUACAUUUGCUGCAGGUGGUUCAUACGUUGCUUACAAAGUUGAUCAGGCAUCAAAUUAUGCUCAGGAUAAGUUGUCUACUAUUAAGGAUUUCACUGAUGGUUUUUUCAGUAGUACUGGUGAUUUCUUUAAAGGCAUGGGCAGUGGAGAGAAUGCGACCUCAGGAGGGGAUGGAGGUGGUAACAGCGGAGACACGGCUACAGCGGUGGGUGCUACAGCAGCAGCGGUAGGAUUUUCGUCAGAUGAAGAUUCUGAUACGGCAGCAGAAGAUUAUAAUACGGAUGAUGAAGAUGAAGAAACAUUAAUUGACGAUGAUGAUGACGAUGACGUGGACAAUGACGAAACUGAUGACGAGAUGUUAACAUUGACCCGUCAAAUGAUUGAAAUAAGAAAUUUGUUAUCUACAAUCGACCAUUCGGACAGUUUAAGAUUGCCAUCUAUAGUUGUGAUUGGUUCCCAAUCAAGUGGUAAGUCUUCUGUAUUAGAAUCUAUUGUCGGGCAAGAAUUCCUACCAAAAGGGUCUAAUAUGGUUACUAGAAGACCAAUUGAAUUAACAUUGAUUAAUACACCUGAUGCAGCAGGAGAAGCUGCUGAAUUUCCAGCCUUGAAAAUGCACAACUUGACGGAUUUUGAACAGGUACAGAAGGUUCUUUUUGAUUUGAAUAUGGCUGUCCCUGAACUGGAAUGUAUUUCGAAUGAUCCAAUCCAGAUCACUAUCAGAUCGCCAAAGGUGCCUGAUUUAUCGUUGGUUGACUUGCCAGGCUAUAUUCAGAUAGAAGCUGCUGACCAACCCAUUGAAUUGAAGCAAAGAAUCAGGCAACUAUGCAAUAGAUAUUUAGAAGCCCCAAACAUCAUUUUGGCAAUUUCUGCAGCCGAUGUAGAUUUAGCCAACUCGGCAGCUCUCAGAGCAGCUAAAAUGGCCGAUCCUCGUGGUGAAAGAACUAUUGGGGUUGUAACUAAGUUAGAUUUAGUUGAGCCUGAAAGAGCAAGAAAUAUAUUAGUGAAUAAGAAGUACCCUUUAAAAAUGGGAUACGUUGGUGUGAUUACAAAGGCCCCUACUCCAGUGAAACAUUCUAGUGGGAUAUUUUCCCGUAAACAGCUUACAGGUUACCAAGCUUUUGUGGCUCAGCAAAAUUUUGAAUAUAAUUAUUUGAAAGAACAUAAGGAUGACUUCUUUGGAACAGUAAACGGUACUCGUAACUUGAAGAAAAAAUUAAUGAAAGUGUUGGAAAGGUCAAUGGCUGCUUCCUUGAGACCGACCCAUUAUGCUAUCCAACAAGAAUUGGAAGAAACAUCGUACCAGUUUAAAGUUGAAUUCAACGAUCGUCCUCUAACACCACAAAUGUAUUUGGCUAAUAACAUUGAUAUUUUAAAGUUAUCCACUACAAAAUUAAGUCAAAAUUUUUCUCGUCGUGAAUUGAGAUCUCUAUUGAAAAAUGAAAUUGACCAAAAAGUGUUGGAUUUAUUAGCCGAAAGGUAUUGGAAUAAACCAUUUUCCUUGAACGACAAUCAUGCAACUGUGGAGCCUGACUUAAGACAACUAUCAGCCAUCAGCAAUAUUGAUGACGAUGUCUAUUGGCACAAAAAGUUAGAUUUAGCUACAAAUUCUUUAACUAAACUAGGCAUUGGUAGAUUAUCAACAAGUUUAGUAACAAAUGCUAUUAUAACUGAAAUUGAAAAUUUGGUUGAUAAUAUUGAAUUGCGUAAUCAUCCAAUGGCUAAGGCUGCAGUAAGAGACGCUGCUAAAUCUGUUUUGAGUGCCAAAUACUUCUCUACGGCCGAUCAAGUGGAAAAUUGCAUUAAACCUUACAAGUAUGAAAUUGAAAUAGAAGAUAGAGAAUGGCAGGCAAGUCGUGAAAAUGCCGUCAAUCUUUUGAAAGAAGAAAUGAGGCAAUGUGAUGAAGCAUUUGGACUGUUAAAGAAACAAAUCGGAGGUAGAAAGUUACAACAAGUCAUUGCUUACUUGGAGAAGUUAAAUAAACAAAAGACAAUUGAAAUCGACUUUAAUUCUAAUGAUGCGUUAGGGUUCUCGCCAAACUUGAUCCAAAGAGGACAAGAUGCAAUCUUUUUGAAAGAUAGAUUAUCCUUAUUAAAGAUGAGAUAUCAAUUUGUGAAGAACUCUAAAAAGUGCAAAAAGAAGGAAAAUAAGUAUCAAUGUCCCGAGAUAUUUUUGGAUGCAGCAUCGGCGAAAUUGACGUCUACUGCCAUAUUAUUCUUGAACGUUGAAUUAUUAAGUGAUUUUUAUUAUAACUUCCCUAGAGAAUUGGAUUUGAAAUUCUUCAAUAAUUUGUCUAAAGAGGAAAUUGAAAUAUUUGCUAAAGAAGAUCCCAAGAUUAAAAAGCAUAUUGAGUUGCAAGAGAGAAAAGAUUUAUUAGAAUCGGCGUUAAAUAAAAUUGAAGGAGUUUUGGCAAUUCAAAGAAAUAAGAUAAAUCAGUUAAACAAAGAGGACAGUAAUAAAAAAAACGAUUCUUUUUUAUUCAACUGGAGAAGCUAA